UUUCUUAGCCAAUGCUGGUAACUACUUGGAAGUAUUUAAAGACUGCUGGCUCCUGGCUCAGGCUCUCCAAAAAGAAUACAAGACACCAGGCAAGGCAACUGACUCUGGUGGCACCAAAAGACAACAGAAAGCUGCCAGGAUGCCAAACUGGGGAGGUGGAGCCAAAUGUGGUGCCUGUGGCAAGACUGUCUAUCAUGCUGAGGAAAUCCAGUGUAAUGGCAGGAGUUUUCACAAGACCUGUUUCCACUGCAUGGCCUGCCGAAAAGCUCUGGACAGUACAACAGUAGCAGCCCAUGAAUCGGAAAUCUAUUGCAAGACAUGCUAUGGGAGAAAAUACGGCCCCAAAGGGAUUGGUUAUGGUCAAGGCGCUGGCUGCCUCAGCACAGACACCGGAGAGCAUCUUGGGCUGGAUCUGCAGCAGCACUCGCCAAAGCCAGCUCGUCCUUCAACACCAACCAACCCUUCUAAGUUUGCCAAAAAGUUUGGAGAUGUAGAAAAAUGCCCUCGUUGUGGGAAGUCAGUGUAUGCAGCCGAAAAGAUAAUGGGAGGAGGAAAGCCUUGGCACAAAACAUGCUUCCGAUGUGCUAUCUGUGGAAAGAGUCUAGAGUCCACAAAUGUUACAGACAAAGAUGGAGAAAUUUACUGUAAAGUUUGCUAUGCGAAGAAUUUUGGUCCUAAAGGAAUUGGCUUUGGUGGCCUCACACAAGUUGAAAAGGUGGAGUAAGCUGUCCCCCACCUAGAACUUUCUAAAUAGUAACACAGGAUAAAAAAGAAGAUCUUAAGAUCAUUUUUUUCAACUUACUGAAUAAAUAAGCUACUUCCUUAUGCAA